AUGGCUCCCUGGCACAGGACAGCAGCUUUCAUAUGGUCAACGCUAGCUUUUCUAUUUUACUUUGGUGCCACGUAUGCUGCUGACCCAGAGCAUGCCAUAUCCUACUUCGAGAAUGGACCAGCUCGGCUGUUCUUCUUCGAUGAUACAACUAGUGUGAUAUACCAUGAUGCCAUUUUCGAGGACAUAUAUGUUUCUCAGGACGAAGGCAAGACCUGGGCACGGGCAGAAGGCAUACAACCUGGUGAGGCUGCUAUGCUUGUUGAGCACCCAUUCAAUAAUCGCGUGGCAUACGUGUUAACCAAUACAUACACACAUUACCGCACAGACGACCGCGGAAAGACCUGGCGCACAUUCGACGUCCCUGAACGAGUUGCCUACGUCCCACAACCACUAUCAUUCCACUCAGAUCCCACCAAGUGGCAGUAUACCCUCUUCCAGGCCGCCAAAUGCGAACUAAUUCCCUGGGGCGAACGCUGUCAAGCUAUAACAUUCUAUACCAAAGAUGGAUUCGCAUCACCACCACAAAUACUCCUAGAUGACGUAUCCCGCUGUCAAUUCGCUCACAGCAGCAAAGACUUCAAACACGACGCCCACGAAGACCUCGUCUACUGCGUCGCCUUUGACACUUCCACCACGACUGGCUCGCACAACAUCGCAAGCAGCCGCCUCUACUCCAGCGCAGACUUCUUCGCCACUGGCAAGCAAAACGAAGACCUUGGCAUUGGCAAGAACGCCAAGGGCGUCGUAGCGUUUGCAAUAGUGUCCAAGUUCGCCGUGGUUGCGCUCAAGGAUUUGACGCCCGGCAGUGAUGGCGACAUGCUGUUAUAUGUCACAGUAGACACCAAGGAGUGGGCAAAGGCACAGUUCCCGCAUGCCUCCCAAGCGCGCUUACGCGAGAACGCAUACACCAUCGUAGAGUCUACAGUCCACUCCCUAGCAGUAGACGUCGUCCUGCACGACAUAAGCACCGUCGGUACCCUCUUCGUUAGCAACUCCAACGGCACCUACUUCGUGGAGAGCUUGAAAGAUACGAAUAGGAACAUGGCGGGUUACGUCGACUACGAGACCAUUUACGGCGUUGAGGGUGUCGGUAUUGCCAACGUCGUUGCCAAUGCACAAGAUGUCGAGAGGAAGAUGGCUGCCAAGCAGAUACGGUCGAUGAUCACAUUUAAUGACGGCAGCUCGUGGGCGCCUCUUCGUGCUCCUAGCGGUGACUGCUCUGACGACACAUGCUCGCUGCACCUGCACUCAGUGACAGACAUGCACAACUAUGGUCCCGUUUUCUCGUCCCCUGCACCAGGCUUCGUCAUGGGCGUGGGCUCCGUCGGAAAGACGCUUGCGCCAUACGAGGAGUGUAACACUUACUUGAGCACUGACGCCGGCCUGACAUGGUCCAGGGCCCACGAAGGCGCAUAUCAAUACGAAUUCGGCGAUUCGGGUAGCAUCAUCGUCAUUGUCAACAACGAGCAACCUACCGACUCGAUCAUGUACUCUACAGACAUGGGCCAGACCUGGCAAACAUAUAACGUCGGCAUCAAAUUCCGCGCCAGGGGCCUAACGACGGUGUCGGAUUCGACAUCUCAGAAGUUCCUCCUUCUCGGCCAGGUGAUGCGGGAAUCCCAGCAAUCCGGGCAGGGCCGCAACGCUGCCAUCUACCUCGACUUUGCCGCCCUCGGGCGCAGGCAGUGUGGUGAAGACGACAAGGAGCGAUGGUACGCAAGGGCCCAUUCCGAAUCAGAGUGUAUUAUGGGCGCCAAGCAAUGGUAUAGCAGGCGCAAGGCUGGUGCAAAUUGUUACAUGGGCGAUAAGUUCCAUGAUCCGGAGGGUCACGACGACAAGUGCGAGUGCGAUGUGCACGAUUACGAGUGCGACUACAACUUCGUACGGAGCGAUGGAAAAUGCGUGCCUUCGGGUCCAGAGCAUAUACCCAGCACCCAAUGCGCCCAGGGUACAGCCAACGAGAAGUAUAUGGGGUCAUCGGGAUAUCGCAAGAUCCCCGGGAACAAGUGUGAGGGCGGCAAGCGCUUGGACGAGCCUGAAUCCAAAGACUGUUCUCAAGCUGAACCUGCCGAAGGAGCGAUCGUCCAGCAGAUCCAUCCGUUCACUAGUGAUAUUGUGCAGAGCGAGUAUUUCAAGGAUUCGAAGACCGUCCUCGUCCGUCUUGCAGACUUCUCGAUAUGGCAAUCCAGCAAUGAAGGCUACACAUGGGAACGCAAAUACGAAGAAGAGCGUUUCCUAGCGUUCUACAUGCACGCACACACCAAAGAUCGUGCAUAUCUCCUCACAGACACUAACAAAUACUACUUUACAACCGACACCGGCCGCUCCUGGUACACCCUCUCCGCACCUUCCCCUCCCAAUACCUUCGGCGCCCAAGUCCUCCGCUUCCAUUCUGUCAUCACCGACUACCUCAUCUGGAUCGGUAACGUGGAUUGUCAAUCGGGUCGCGAGCACUGUCGCGCGCAGGCGCAAUAUACGUGGAACAAUGGGCGGGAUUGGAAGUUCGUGGAGGACUAUGUGAUUAAUUGCGAUUGGGCGCGGGAUGAUGAGCUGCGGAUCGAUUCUUCUCAGAUCCUAUGCGAAUCGUAUGAGAACAAGCAGGGCUCGCAGGUGUUUUUCGGGAAGGAGAAUGCGUUGCAGCUUGUUUCUGGGACGGAUUAUUUUGCGAAGAAGACGAAGUUGUUUGAUCAUGUUGCUGGGUUCACCAAGUUUUCAGAGUUUUUGAUCGUUGCGGAGUACCUCCCGGUGAGGGGCACGCUUAACCUCCAGGUUUCACUGGACGGGCGAACGUUCGCUUCUGGGAGCUUCCCUCCUGGCAUGCAUCCAGAUUCUCACGCAUACACCGUCCUCGAAUCAAGCACCAAAGCCAUCUUCCUCCACAUGACCAUGAACGAAUGGCCCACGCCCUGGGGCAACCUCCUCAAAUCCAACUCCAACGGAACUUACUUUGGAUUAUCCAUUGAGAACGUGAACAGGAACCAGAACGGCUUCGUCGACUUUGAGAAAUUCGCGGGGUUGGAUGGGAUUGCUAUGGUUAAUAUGGUAGCUAACACUGCGGAGGCUGCGCUUACGGGGCGCAAGGCUCUGCAGACGAAGAUUACGCAUAACGAUGGUGGUACUUGGAAGGCGCUUAUACCCCCUCUAAAGGAUUCGCUGGGUCAGACGUAUCCCUGUUCAUCAGUCGGAUGUGCGCUCCAUGUUCACGGGUUUACAGAACGCUUUGACGCCCGGGCAACAUACAGCAGUCCAUCCGUCGUCGGCGUCGUGAUGGCAGUCGGAAAUGUAGGCGAAGUACUCGCUCCCUACACCGAGAGCGAUACCUUUCUAUCCCGAGACGGCGGCUUCACAUGGGAAGAAGUACACAAAGACGCGCAUCUCUGGGAGUUCGGCGACUCAGGCUCUGUCAUCGUGAUCGUAAACGACGAGGAACCAACAGACCAUGUCUUGUUCACCACAGACGAAGGGCUUAGUUGGCGAGAGUUCAAGUUCACAAACGAGAAGAUGAGAGUGAGGGAUAUCAUGACCGUGCCUGAGGAUACGAGUCGGAAGUUUAUGCUCCUGGGUCAGUAUCCUGGGACGGCGGGUUCGGUGAUUGUGCAUUUGGACUUCUCGUCUCUUACGCAUAAAAAAUGCGUCGUGGAUGUGGAAGAUCCUGGACACGACGACUUUGAGUUGUGGAGCCCCAGCGAAGAAAGAGACCAACUUUGCUUGUUCGGACGACAGACGCUUUACCAUCGCCGCAAACGAGACGUAAACUGCGUGGUUGGAAACACGCCCAAGGCACUAGACAACAUUAUGCGGAACUGCACAUGCACGUUGGAGGACUUUGAGUGCGAAUUCAACUAUGUCCGCAAAGGAGAUGAAUGUGUUCUUGUGCAGGGGAUGACUCCACGAGCGUCUGAUGAUUCAUGUCGCAAUGGAGAAGACUACUGGUAUGAGCGCACGGCUUACCGCAAGGUCUUCUACUCCACUUGUGAGGGCGGUGACCGCAUAGACCGAGGCACGUCACACCUAUGUCCUGGCAUCAAGGGUCACAGCGCGAUGUUCUGGAUGAUGGUGAUUAUGUUCCCCUUUGCGAUCACAGCGCUUGUCGCGUGGUGGUGGUACACCAAGAGUGGAUUGGCGAGAGGGCGAGUGAUGUUCACUUUAUAUGUGCACGUUUUGUGCUUAUUGCUGAUGUACAGGACGAUCCGGUUACCUGGAGGUGAAUAUUCGCAUGGGACAGGGUCUGGUGCGUUGGCUACGCUGGCUUCUGUGCCAUGGUUCCUGCUCGGGCUUGCGGGCAUCGCGUUUGAGUAUGUAGCGUCGAGCUUGGAGGCUGUGUCGAUGGGAUACCGCACGAGGCGUGGAUAUAGGGAUGUACCUGUAGAUGAGGAUGCACAGGUGCUGCGUUUUGAGGACGAGGAAUGA